UUGGGAGGCAAAGGGCCACACGCCGGCUGGCCGGUCCAGGGGCCCACCACUCCCCGAUCCACCUUGGGCUGGCGUUGCUGCACGGGAGCCUCAGAAAGAUUGCUGUGGGGCUGCCAUGGGGCCCUCGGCCGUCUCGGCCAAGCCGGCGCUGGAGCGCGAAGCACCAGCGCUACCCCCUGCGAAAGGCCGCCCCCUGUGCGUUCGGAAGACCGUGGCCGCCCUCCUGGCGAGCGCUCUCCUGGCGGGAGGUGGCGGGGUCCUUGUGGGUGAGUCCCUCGCCCGCUUGGAGCAUGGAUCUGGGCCGGGAGCCCUUUCGGGGCUGCUUCCUCCACAUGGGGCCAGGCGCUGGAAGGGCCAAAUCCCCAGGGGCAAGAGCGGAAGGCGGCCUGUCAGAGGCCCAGUCUCGCCCGCCACGGGACCCCCCGCCCGUCCUCGGGUGUCCCCUUGGGGGUGUCCUUCCGCCGCCGCCCCCCCGGAGUUCGGAACUCGUUCCCUCUCCUCCUCCUCUUCCCCAGCCUUCCUGGCGCAGCGUGAAUUUGCCGUGGAGCACGUGGCCGAGUUGUGGGGGAUUCCUUACGAGAGCAGCCUGGAGCACCCGGGCUCGGACUACUCCCGCAUGCUCACCCCGGUUCUGGAGGGACUGUUCCGAAGCAGCUUCCAGAAUUCCUCCCUGGAGGGCCGCUGCGCCCGCUGCUCCGUCCUGCAGUACAGGAGGGGCAACGCCAGCGUCCUCGUCCGCCUCCGCCUCUGGUUCUCCACGGAGCCGCCCAGCCCUGCCCAGGAGGAAGAGGCCCUGAUCCGGGGGCUGGCGGCCGCCCUCGGAGGGCAGGGGAUUGCCUUGACCACCUACGGCACCCUCUCGUCGGUAUCCCUCGCAGUUCUUGCAGACUGUGGCGCCCGCCCGGCCCUGCAGGCCUCCAGCCGGAUCGUGGGCGGCUCCCAGGCCUCCCGGGGGGAGUUCCCCUGGCAGGUCAGCCUGCGGGAAAACCAGGAGCACUUCUGCGGGGCCACCAUCCUGUCCGCCCGCUGGCUGGUCUCGGCCGCUCACUGCUUCAAUGAGUUCCAGGAUCCCGGGAGCUGGACGGCCCAUGCAGGAAGUGUCUGGCUGAGCGGGGGUGGCGAGGGCGUCGGGGCGAAGGCCGGCGUGGCCCGCAUCCUACGGCACCCCUCCUAUGACACAGACACGGCCGACUAUGACAUCGCCCUGCUGGAGCUGGCGGAGCCCUUGGCCUUCUCCAAGUAUGUCCAGCCUGUCUGCCUGCCGGCCGCCAGCCACGCCUUCCCCGUGGGCAGGAAGUGCCUCAUCUCGGGCUGGGGAUACCUGAAGGAGGACUUCUUGAUAAAACCGGAGCUGCUGCAGAAGGCGACGGUGGAGCUGCUGGACCAGGCACUUUGCACCACCCUCUACAAGAACGCCCUGACCGCCCGUAUGGUGUGCGCCGGCUACCUGGAGGGCAAGGUGGACUCCUGCCAGGGGGACUCCGGGGGCCCACUGGUCUGCGAGGAGACCUCCGGCCGUUUCUUCCUGGCCGGCAUCACCAGCUGGGGGAUUGGCUGCGCGGAGGCCCGGCGCCCAGGCGUCUACACACGAGUCACCAAGCUCAGGGACUGGAUCCUGCACACCAUGGCCGCCCCCCCUGCCCAGCCUGGCCUCAGCCGCCCAACACUGUCCUGGCCCGUGGCCUCCACCACCGUGGUUGGUGGCAAGCUCCGCCCCACUGUGGCCACGGACUGGCCGGCAGCCACAAUGGCCUGGCCUCAAGAGUGUGGCCGGAGGCCAGGCUUCGCCAAGCCGAACAAGAUCGUGGGGGGCGUGGACGCCUCCCGGGGGGAGAUCCCCUGGCAGGUCAGCCUCCAGGAGGGUCUGCAGCACUUCUGCGGGGCCACCAUCAUCGGCGAGCGGUGGCUGCUCUCCACUGCCCACUGCUUCAACCACACCAAGGCCGAGCGCCUGGUGGCCUUUGCGGGCAUCACCUCCCUGGCGGCCGCCGAGACCUCCUCGGUCAAGGCGAGCGUCAAGCGGGUGGUGGCGCACCCGGCCUAUGACCCGGCCCGGCUGGACUUCGACGUCGCCCUGCUGGAGCUCAGCCACCCGCUGACUUUCGGGAAGUACGUCCAGCCCCUCUGCCUCCCGCUGGCCGUCCACAAGUUCCCUGCGGGCCAGAAGUGUCUCAUCUCUGGCUGGGGCAGCGUCCGGGAGGGCAACGCUUCCAAGCCAGAGAACCUGCAGCGGGCCUCGGUCGGGAUCCUCGACCAGAAGACCUGCAACGCCUUGUACAACUUCUCCCUCACUGAGCGGAUGCUCUGCGCCGGCUUCCUGGAGGGCCAGGUCGACUCCUGCCAGGGCGACUCGGGUGGACCCCUGGCGUGCGAGGAGACCCCGGGGGUCUUCUACCUGGCCGGGCUGGUCAGCUGGGGCCUGGGCUGUGCUCAGGCCAAGAGGCCCGGGGUCUAUACCCGGAUCACCAAGCUGAAGGGCUGGAUCGUGGACGCCAUGGCCUCCCUGCGCCCGGGCACCGUCCCCGGGAGCCUGGUCGGAGCCCUGCCUGCCUCCUCCAGCAUCCUGGCCACCUCCUCUGUGCCCGCCUUCAGCCAGCCCUCAGCCAGCCAGGGGAUGACGCGGCCUCUGCUGAGCACCAGCCUCCGGGCCGGCGCCAGCCUCUCCCGGAUGACCGCCAGCUUCUCCCGAGCUCCUCUGCUUCCAGGUGUUCCCUGCAGCCCCUCCACCUUCAAAUGCUCCAGCAAAGUCUGCAUCGGGAAGGUGAACCCAGAGUGCGAUGGCAUCCCAGACUGCAGCAACGGCAAGGAUGAGGCCGACUGCGACUGCGGCCUGACCCCGGCCACGGCUUUCAGCAAGAUUGUGGGGGGCAGUGGGGCAGCCCGCGGAGAGUGGCCGUGGCAGGUGAGCCUGUGGCUGCGUCGGAAGGAGCACAAGUGCGGCGCCGUCGUGAUCGCCGAGCGCUGGCUCCUGUCGGCCGCCCACUGCUUCGACCGAUACAGCAACCCCAAGCUGUGGGUGGCUGUUCUUGGGACACCCUCCCUGAGCGGCCUGGAUGGGCAGGUGGAGACGGUGGCUCGGAUCCUCCAGCACCCCUUCUACAACGCCUACACGCUGGACUACGACAUGGCCCUUCUGGAGCUGGCCUCCCCACUCCGCUACUCGCGGGCUGUCAAGCCCAUCUGCCUCCCUGACGGCACCCACCGCUUUCCGGCGGGGUCCCCGUGCUUCAUCACCGGCUGGGGAUCUACCAAGGAAGGAGGACCGACGUCCAAACACUUGCAAAAGGCAGCUGUGAAGCUGCUGGCGGAGGCCGACUGCCGGCGCUUCUACCCUGUCCAGAUCAGCAGCCGGAUGCUCUGUGCCGGCUUCCCGCAAGGCGCCGUCGACAGCUGCUCCGGCGACGCCGGCGGCCCGCUGGCCUGCCGAGAGCCCUCUGGGCGCUGGUUCCUGGCCGGCAUCACCAGCUGGGGCUACGGCUGCGCCCGCCCUUUCUUCCCGGGAGUCUACGCCAAAGUGACGGCCGUGCGGGGCUGGAUCGGGCAGAACCUCAAAGAGUGAUGCCUCUCGGGAAGAAAAGAGAGGCCACCGAGAAAGGGGAGAGUGCCUUGUCCCCCCACCCCGGACAGGCCCUCGACAGCCUGAACGUAGCCCGUAGCCCGGGAGGUGCUGACAGCGCCCCCGCUCUGGGCCAACGUAGACCUUUUUCUCUGAAUAAAGAGGCCUUCCUGUGAAA